GAAAACAAAUAGGAUUUGAAAUAUUUUCUAUUUCCUCAAGUAACGAUUUACAAGAAGGAAAGACAAGAAAUUCUCUUAUCUAAUUUUUCAUCACAUCAUUUCUUUAAAGCAACAAUAACGCAAAUUACAAUAUCAAUCAUGAAUAAAGUUGGUUUAUGGAUCUGCUCUGUACUGCUAUGUUUUGCGUCAGUGUCAUAUGGACAAACUCUUAAUUGCACCAACAUUCCAGAUGUCCCAACAAAACCACAAGAUGGUGAAAUUACUGCAAUACUGUCAAGCGCAAAUGAAAAUAUCGUAGUUUGCAACAACAUUAUACCACACCUGAAUCCUUUCAUUGCAAGUCUCAAGUUAUCGGGUGUAGAACAACUAAUAAAUCAAACAUGUAAGUUAAUAGAUGAUAUCAACUCUCGUCUUGAAAUUAUCAAUCGACGACUUGAUUGUGGACUUGUGUCGAGCGUACAAGACGCUAGAAAUUUGAAUCAAAUGCUGGGCAACGAUCAAGUUUCAAACAGAGUAUUAAACGGCGUAAAAGCCAGACUUCUUGUUAUCAAGAAUCGUCUUCAAGCUAUUAUUACACCUGCAGUUCCCUGAAUUUAAUAAUUUGUAAUUUUGUUUACAUGCAACUCUUUGUCUUGUAGUAUAAAGGAAAUA